AUGUCAUCCUCCCUCAUCCGCCCGUGCCUCCGGGCGGCCGCCCCCUCAACUUUCGGCACCGGCCUCCGCGCCCUCUCAACCACUGCCUCGCAGUCCUACCACCAACCCCGCGUCCCCUCCUCCUCGAUCCCGAUUCCCAACGUCUCCGGCCGCGUCCCUCUCGACCCGCGCGUCGUCCCGUCCCACGUAGCCGAAAACUUCCCCAAGAUCGAGAUCCCCUCGUACCCGUACGGUCCUCGGCGCGUCUACCACCAAUCCAACACGGGUCUUUACGGUUCCGCGCUGAUCCGCUUCGGCAACAACGUGUCCAAGCGCAACGAGAUCAAGACGCGGCGCAAGUGGCGGCCCAACGUGCAGCAGAAGCGUCUCUGGUCGAAAUCGCUGGGCGUGUUCGUGCGCACGCGCGUCACCACUAGGGUGCUCCGCACGAUUGACAAAGUCGGUGGUUUGGACGAGUACCUCCUCGGCCACAAGGCCGCGCGCGUCAAGGAGCUUGGGCCGUGGGGAUGGAUGCUCAGGUGGAGGAUCAUGCAGACGCCUGCGGUGAGGGAGCGGUUUGCGAAGGAGAGGGAGAUGCUUGGAUUGCCAGCCACUAAGGAGGGCGAGAAGAGUCUGGAGGAGCAGCUGAGGGAGUUUAAGCUUGCGGGGUUUGCGUUCGAGGAGGGUAAGGAGCCAAAGACCAAGGGGGAACUGCAGGGGCAGGCGGAUAGGAUUAUUAACGACGAGAAGGCCGAGUUGGAGAUUGGCCAGGAGGAGGAUCUGUUUGUGAAGGAGGAGCCGAAGCCGAAGAUUGCGGCUUAG